AAAUUCCGUCCACCCAUGACCCAACGUAAAUUGGAAAGAGCAUAACCGGGUGAGGGAGAGAAGAACCAGAGACAGAGAAGGAAGAUACACGUUCCCUUUCCGAACUCAGAGUCUCAGAUUAUAUAGUACCUGUUUACCUUUUCAUACCCUCUCUCCCUCUCUCUCUCUCACGAGAUGAAGACUUCUCUGAAGGCGAGAUACGAAACUGACAAGAGCAGUGCCGCUGCAACUCUAGCCAUUAAUGCCGGCGAUGUGAAGCUCCGAGCUUCUAUGACGGAUGCCACCGUCGUCAAUGGUCCCAGCUUAAAUGGUCUCUCUCUCUCCGUGGAGAAGCCUGGCUUCUUCAUUGUUGACUACAACGUACCUAGACAGGAUGUUAGGUUUCAGUUCAUGAACACAAUUAGGGUUGCAGAGAAACCACUGAAUCUGACUUACAUUCAUGGGCGCGGCGAUAACCGGACUGUUUUGGACGGAACUCUCGUUCUUGAUUCGGCUAACAAGGUCUCAGCUAAUUACGUGUUUGGUUCUGGGAACUGCAAGUUGAAGUACGCUUAUGUCCAUGGAGGCGUGAGGACAUUUGAGCCCUGCUACGACCUCACCAAGAAUUCCUGGGACUUUGCUGUGUCUCAGAGGGUUUAUGGGGAAGACGUGUUUAGGGCUUCAUACCAGACGUCGAGCAAGCUCUUGGGGCUGGAGUGGUCGAGGGAUUCGAAAUUAAAUGGGACCUUCAAGAUUUCAGCAUCUCUAAAUCUGGCAGAGGAAGUAAAAAUGCCAAAAGUAACUGCUGAGAGUACGUGGAAUUUUGAGAUGUGAUUUUUCUAUUGAAAUUCCUGCAAAGCAAGCGAUUUCUAUUGGUUGUAUUUCAAUGCCCCUUGGUGGGCUGCUUCCAUUUUUGCUCAAUACUGCAAAUUAUUUAUGCACAAUAACCAGAUCAGUGGCAGCUAAUUAGUUUUUGCUGUGAAAUGGAGAAUGUAAGUUUCUAAUUGAGAUAUGAUUGCUUUAGUCCUCA